ACCGCAAAUGUUAAGACGGUAAACAUAUAAACGACAGAACGGUAGAACGUAUGAAUCAAGCUCACAGAACCAUGAAUAUGUAAAUCACAUCAUUAAAUACCGGCCACAAAACAUCCAUGCCGCAAUGUUUGGCAUCAUCUCAUUCUUAACUCGGGAACCACGGCAUUGACAUGUGUUCAACGAUGUUUUUAUUACAAACGAAAAAAUCCACGUGACGCGCUAAGUAUUAAAAUGGAAAACAUGUCGGAUUUUAUCAAAAAUUAUACUGGUGUUAAUGGAAGUGCAGUGUUAGAGGCUUACAUAGAAACAGAGAAGGAACAGUUGACGGCAUACAAACAUGUUGCAUAUAUUAUCGGAACGCUUAUUAUGCUGAGCAAUUUAAUUGUUGUGAUAUCAAGUGGUUUGAUUUUGAGAAAAGGACAGGAACCGAAAAGCACGUAUCUUCUACUCGGCAAUGUAUCUCUGGCUGACACAAUCGUAGGAUUUUCAAUCAUCUUCAGCAAGUAUUUAGACAACUCCAACAGCUCUAACAUCUGGUGUGUUAUCGAAGUUGGUAUGAUCGUGUGCCAUGCUAAGGUGUCAAUCUUCAGCGUGGGUUUAAUCGCUGUCGACCGCUACAUCUACAUACUCCAUGGCUUAUAUUAUCAAAGGUGGUUCAACAUUACCAGAGUGAGAAUUGGAAUUCUCUGCAUAUGGGCAGUUAGUAUUACUCUUGGAUUUAUGCCGGCAACUGGAUGGACAAACAAGGAACUUCCCCUCACCCGAUGUUAUUACGUCGGUCUGUUCCCCGGGAAUCUAAUAUUAUUAAAUUCGUUGCUUAGUAUAGUACCGAUAAUUGUCGUAGCUGUUUUAUACUCAAUAAUAUUAGUUCGAGCGCUAAAAAACGUUAAAAUAUUGAACGCUGCCACAAAAAAUCUUGAUAAAUCUACAAACGAAAAACCAAAGUUAAGAAUGUACCGAGGAACUGUGUCUGAUAAAAAAUCAAGCACGUAUUCGAUACCAUCGGUGACAAAAAGUAGUGGCAGUAUUAUGAAAAUCGAUAGAAGUGCUUCAUUCAAUUAUUUGUCCAAUGAUAACGCUAAAGACAAAAUUAUCUCUGUAAAAUCUAAAAGCAUUGAUGAUUUCACAAAUGAUAAAACAAACAUAAAGCAAUACUACUAUAGUAAAGAUGAUAUUCAAGGUAAAACUCGAUUUGAGUCUGACUUUAGUGUUUACUCUGUUGAGUCGCAUAGUUCUGACAAAAACUCAUCGGAUAUGGAUAGAAAAACCUCUAAUGAAUUAGAAGUGAGCACAAGCCGUAUUGCCAAUCGUAAAGUGAAAGAGCCAAACAAAUGGAGAGCUAUUACGGUAGUAAUGCUUACAUCCGGAAGUUUCAUAAUUACAUGGAUGCCAUUUUUUAUAGCAGUAAUAUUUUUUUAUUUCUGCGAAGAAAAAUUGACAAAUCCCAAAUGUAUGCAUAUUCAGACAUUGCUCAGUGGACCUUUAGUGACUUUGGCUUUUUCCAACAGUAUACUAAACCCCUUGAUAUAUGCAUGGUGGCACAAGGGAUUUAAAAGGUCCGUUAAGACCUGCUAUAAGAAAUGUUUACACAAACUUAUGUGUCACAUUAACUGAUGAUGUAAGUGUAAAUUUGUAAACAGAAUAGGAAUUUUAUUAAUAUCAAAUUCACGACAAUAAACUCUCUGUAUUUAAAUGUUUGUGUAAUAAUUGAGUGAUUGUGUUUAUUAUGUGUUGUGUAAUAAAAUAUAUAAAUUCCGUUACAAUUAUUUAA